AUGGCGGAUUCCCAGUCAACGACCAUGUCCGAGAAGCCGCGCACCAGCAGCAUAUCGCAAGCAUCGGAGAGCUCACAAACAGCGGCCGACUUUAUCAAAGAGCAACUUAGCCUCGAGGCAGAAGCACGCGAGGCUCUCCCCUACCAAUUCGAUACCUGCACACGCGACCUGGGUCCUUUACGACAGAGCCUUUACGCAUGCCUCACCUGCAACCCCGCGCCCGCAUCGUCUGCCCAGCAAUACACUCCAGCAGGCGUCUGCUACUCAUGCUCCAUCUCCUGCCAUGGCGAACACACCCUUGUUGAGCUUUUCAACAAGCGCAACUUCAUAUGCGACUGUGGAACUACCAGGAUACCGGAUAUGACGCCAUGCACGCUUCGUCUCAACGCAGAAACUGGACGUAAAGGCGAUGUGACGGGCGAAGAGCCAGCCAAGACGAACAAGUAUAACCAGAACUUCAGGAACAAAUUCUGUGGCUGCGGCGAGGACUAUGAUCCUCAACAAGAGAAGGGCACCAUGUUCCAAUGUCUCGGACUUGGGACUUGCGAGGAGGGCGGCUGUGGUGAAGACUGGUGGCACCCUGAAUGCCUCGUAGGCUUCACUCGGGCGGAGUACAGCAAGAUGAUCGAGAAGCCCAAAGUGGAAGAGAAGAAUGACAAAGUAGAUGCGAUGGAGACCGACAAGCCCGCAACAGAUGACACCAAGACCAACGGGCACGCGGACGAGAAUACGGCAUCACUUCCAGCGAACAUCGCAGCUGCAGUGACAAAUGGCAAUGGGGUUGAUGGCAACGACAUUGCAGCAGAUGCUGGCGCAGAAGAGGACGACGAUCCGCCGCUACCCCCAGGCUUCCCUGAAGAAGACGACUUCGAUCACUUCCUCUGCUACAAGUGCGUCGAGGCCAAUCCAUGGAUCAAACAGUACGCUGGCUCAACUGGGUUCCUCGCCCCAGUAUACCACGACAAAGCCAUGGCGCUUUCUCAUGCCCAGAAGUCCCCCGUCUCAGCCCCAGAUGACAGCAACGGCGACUCCAAGAAACGCAAAGCUUCCGACGAAGACGAACAGCAGCAGACAUCAUCCCACCUGACAGCUCCAGUUCCAGCUAAGCGCCCAAAGUCCGAAGAUCCAAGCGGCACACUCUCCAACAUCCCCGAAGACACAACGACGCUGCCCAUAACACCCAAGAAGCCAGAAGCACCAGAAGGCCCAAAGCACGCUUCCCUCUCUCCCCUUCCCGUAGCCGCACUCACAACGCCCUUCUCCCUCUUCCUCAAGCCCGAUUUCCGCGACCACCUUUGCCACUGCGACGCCUGCUACCCACACCUAAAAGCCCACCCGCAACUCCUCGAAGAGGAAGACACCUACGAGCCCCCCGUCUCCGAAGACGGCGAAGAAGGUGGCCAGUCCGUUGGCACAGGCAGUAUCCUCGACCGUGGCGAAGCAGCCUUCAACAACAUGGACCGCGUGCGUGCUAUUCAAGGUGCAAUGGCGUAUGCGCAUCUCAAAGACAAGGUCUCGGCGUUCUUGAAGCCGUUCGCCGAGUCCGGUCAGGCUGUUGGUGCAGAGGAUGUCAAGGCGUACUUUGAGAAGUUGAGAGGUGAUGCGCAGGGUAUUCAGGAAGCUGCUGGCGAUGCGAAGGCCAAUAGGGAUGACGAUGCGGAGGGUGGGGCUGAGGGCGGUGGCAGGAAGGAACAGAUGACAGUAGCUGUCUCCGUAACCGUCUCCUUCCCAGUCGGCGACGCAGUGACCGUUACAGUGAAUAUCUGGCUCGGUGGUAUCGGCGUGAUGAUCAGCGGGCCUUCUGAUGUCGUUGAUGAAGGCACCGGCUCUGGCGGUGGUGGUGCCGAUGAUGGCAAUUCGGUCGGUGCUGGUGGUGUGGGCACCGCGUCGGAUGUGGAUGCCGUUGCGGAUGCGGAGACCUCUGGAGGUGGCGCGAUUGAAGAUGAAGAAGGUUGCACCGAAGAUUCUGGAGGCGUUGCCAUGGACGUGGAAGCUGAUGUGGGUUGUGCUGAGCUUGAGGGGGCGGGUGGCAUGCUUGGUACAAAAGAGGACGACGGCGUGAGUGUAGGCGCAGGAAUUUCUGAUGUCAAAGAUGACAGUGCAGGUUCGCUGGGCGUUGGCUCUGCUACUUCCGAAGACGAACUCGCGAGUACAGAGGAUGAGGCUGCUGAGCUAGGUAUGACUGGCUCUGGUACAGCGGAAGAAACGGGUAUUUCGGGUGCUCCACUUGGCUGUGGUGUGGCUGUCGGCAUGACUGUCGUGUACGAUGUUACGAUCACUACAGGCGGUACCUGGAGGGAUGCCGAUGGCGAGACUUCAGCCGGGGCGUUCGAUGGAGCGGGCAUGGGAGUGCCAGCCACUUCUGAUGUUGAAGAGGCUAGUGGGGCAGACUCUUGA